UCGUCUUUCUUUAGGUGGUUGCACGGUCUUCAGUCAAUAUGAGCUGGCAAGAGAAAGACUGAGAAAAACCAAAGAUGAGAACAUCAAAAGAAUGGAAUGGAAAUCCCAUAAGUGGGAUGUGAUUGGCCAACAUGGAGAACCAAUCGGAACAAGCUGACGCUUCUGCCAUCAAAUCAGCUGAAGGCCAACAGGACAAAGUUGGUGAAGAAGGAAGGGUUGCCAAAUAGACAAGCCAGUGUGACAGAGACAGACAAGAUGGACAUGCUGCAUUUAGUCCAUCCCCAUCUGUACACCAGUUUCAUCCAAUUAAGAAUGCAUCAUCUCGUUAAUAAAAGAGGAAUAAGGAGCAAAACUGCAAUUAUACAAACUGGACUGCAUAUGUUUUGAAGUGAUCUAAGACUAUUCAUUUAUUUCUUACUGACCGUGAGUAAGACCUCUAUGGUUCUUUGGAUAAGUAAGCAUCAUAGUGAUCUAUGUUUAAUUUGUACUUGCUGCGCUUAAAAAAAACCCUCCCACACAUUAUGAACUGUGAAUAUGUUUCUUGAGGACCAUUUUACUUGCAAAGGUUUUUGAUGUAUAGAUGUAAGGUGACUUGCACAGACUGCUAUGUCUGCUCAUCACAAUCAGUUGUACAGGCUGGUUAUAAUGAAUAUCCUGUAAAAGAGCGAUCACCUUCGAUUUGGGCGCAGUACCACAGCUGCACCUUUGUCACAUUGCACUGUCUGCAGAGCCUGUGGAUGUUGGCGGAGUGGGAGAGACAAGAGAAAUGGUGAGCAAAGAGCCCAACCGCUUACUUACAGGCCACACCAACGGCAAGAGCACUUUGGCAGACAAGUUGCCCGGGACCAUGACUGUGCGCUCCGUGCUCCUCAACCGUGACUCCCCGGAUAUUGAGAGUCGCCUCAAGCGGCGCCGCAAUCGCACACAUCAGGUCCGCUUUAAAGACCUCGAGGAUGGCAGUAGCAGCAGUGGCAACAGUGGAACAGGAGAACACAAUAGCCAUCGUAGACUUGCCGCAGAGUGCGAUAGUCCCCAUCCGCUCCGUAAACACAGUAGCAGGGCGUCCAAGCCAUGGACAGACAGGAAUGGGCCACAGAUUAAUGCUCUACCUGGCAAAACCUCUGUGGUGGGGGCUGUACGUGGAGACAUGGCCAGUACUAUAGAGGUGGUAGCUGCUUUCUUAGCCAGGGCACCUCCUCAUCCAUUGACACCAGGACCUACACGUCGAUGUUGGACUCCCCCACAGACUAACUCCCUAACCUUGCCAAUGACACGCAGGAGCAGUACCAGUACCAGUACCAGCACCAGCACAGCCAUACAGACAUCCCCAUGCCUGAAAAAGCCCCAGUCCCACUCAUCCACCCACACACGUAGCCACAGCCUCGGGGACUCUGUUGGCAUGGAUGGAGAUGAUGAACACGACUCUCAAGAUGAGUAUUUGGCACCUAACCAUGUGUCACUGCGUGGAUUAAAGGAUCAAAGCAGUCCUCCUGGCACUGUAGAACAAAAUGUGAUAGAAGGAAGGUCUAAAGGUUCCAGGACAGACAUGAAAUCUGCAGUUGCUGUUGCAAAGAACUCAAGGCACAGCUGCUCCCCUUCUGUCCUUCAUAACACUGAGCCUCGUCACUGUUCCUCUGUCUCCUAUCGAGAUGGAGCCAAGAGGCAGGGAAGCAGUACACCAUCUGUGGUCAGGAGGAGAAAGCGGAUGAACAGGACAACAAGUGAUCCUGGGAAAGAAGUGUCCUACUGUACUACUCCCACUCAGACCGAAAGCCCCAGUCCAUCUUCAGCACCCUCAAAUCCCCAACUCUGUACCACUCAUGUUCAAACAGAGAGCCCCACCCCACCUUCUGAUUCCAAAUGCUCUACCACCCAAAGCCAAACUGAGAGCCAACAUCAAGCUCUACCUUUAAGUGAAGCAAAGGGCACAAACCAAAUUCAAACCACCAACUGCCAUCCUUCAUCUCCAAAUGCUGACCAGUCUACUGCUCACAGACAAACAGACUAUUCCUGCCUCCCUCAUCCAACUCAUGAACCUUGCACUACCCACGAACAAAAGGACAGUAUGCGUGACAACUCAUCUGUAGACGUAUCACCAAUUUCAACUCAAAUUCAACCAGAGUGUCCUUCUCCAUCACCAAGUUUGAUCCAAGACCCUCCUACCACACAAACAACUACUGUGCCUUAUUGUACUUCUCCCCCACCUACAGGUGCACCAACACAAACCCCUGAACAUUGUGCUAAGCUGCCUAGCCCUCCACCAGCAAAGUCAGUUUGCACCACACCAACUCCACCACCAUCUACCACCAUUCCAUGCUCUACUUCCUCUGCACCUAUCGUCACCCAACACUCAGUCCCAUAUUAUACUGUUGUGUCUCCGUCAGCAACCCCUAGCACCAUUAGCAUCUCUACCACUGCAUCAACAACUGCGCUCUCAUGUCCCCCUGAAAACUGCACUCCCUCUGUCUCAGACAUAGCAUCGUGUGUUUCAUUAGCCCACUCUACUCCUACACCAACCAUAGCACCCAAUGCAACAUCCAGUAACCCAGCCAGUAAUUUAACCCCUGCCCAAAAUGUAACACAUCCACCAUCACAUGAUGCAUCAAACACUAUGCCUCCUACAAUCCUAAAACCCUGUACAUUUGUCAAUCAGACUGCUCUGUCAUGCACCUCUAUAUCGUACUACACCACUACGCAUGUCCCUUAUGUAAAUGCUACGUCACCAUCUUACGCCACGCUUAUACAAACCGUAUCUCAUUGUAACAUCCCAUGUCAACCUCUACAAAACAAUUCUGUUGGCACGGGGAUAACUGCUUUCUCCUCCCCAGUCCCAAAACUCACGUCUUGCACUUCUCCAGCUCUGCUCGUGAAGACGCUUGCUUCCAAUGUGCAAUCAUGUCUAACGCCAACUAAAACAGUUCCUCUGUACUCGUCCACAUUUCGUGCAGCGCCGCCAUACACACCCCCUUCUCAAAACCACAGUGCUCAGGAUAAGAGGGGCAUUCGACUUCCACCACCUCCUCCCCCACCACCGCCACCCUACAUGCCACGUAAAAACGACGGAGCCGUCACAUCUGGUCCUGCGCGCCGAACACCAAUGCUCAGGGCAGACAGCAAGGUCAGUGACAAAGACAAAGGUGAGGAGAAGGCAAAAAAGGAAGAUGUGAAACAUACAGACUCACCAAAGUUGUGUGAGAGGACAAGCUCUCUGAAGCACAGAGCGCAAACCCCACCAGUUGUUAUAAUGAAGGGAGAAAAGCAGCCCUCAUCCUCCCCACUGAAGGUUUGUUUUAAACCCAGCUGUCUUAGCUCAGCCCAGGCUCAGCUCGGGGUAUUACACAAAAUGCUCUGCUCAGGAGCCAGUGCAAAGGCCAACACCCCUAAAAGCCAACACCCUCUUCCUCCGAGUCAGCAGGGUUGCUCUGGACCUUUGGGCUGCUCUGUGUCUGGGGAUUGGCAUGCAGCCACCCAGGAGGACACGCUGAGGCAGGUCCAGGAAAUUAUAGGCGGGUUGGUAUCUGGCGCUCGGUGUAAACUGGACCCAGCCAGGGUGACAGAAAAGCUUUUAAGCCCCAGCGGGCCCCUGCAUGAUAUUCGUAGCCUGCAGAACCAACUGCACAGCCUCGAGGGAGUCCUGGAGAUGAGCCAGAACACCAUCAAGGUCCUUCUGGAUGUCAUUCAAGACCUUGAGAAGAAGGAAGCUGAGAGAGACGGAAGGCACUCAUACAGAACGGGUCAGGAUAUAGAGAACUGUGGGACCUGCAGGGACUGCGCUUGUAUCAUCUACAGUGUUGAACACGACUUUCGUCUGCAGGAAGGGCAGGUGGUGCGCACGUGGAAGGUGGGCGACCCUCCUGAGGGUUCUCCGCAGACCACCACUCCCCAACCCGCUACGCCCCAACACCAAGACUCCCCUCCACCGGCGCAAUCCCCGGCCGCCACCACUGCUGCCGCCGCCACCAAGAAGACCAGGAAGAAAUGCUUCUGGUUCCUCUGAGACACUGCAAAGAGACAUUUUGAUACUGUGACGCACCGCAUACACUUCCUACAAACACAAAUAAUUAACUGUGGAAAUCUGAGUGAAAUAAGAGGUAGAAUACGGCUGCCGGUGCGCACAA